AUGCUUGGCAAUGCACUGGAAGUGGCGGGUGGUGUUGUCUAUGUGGCCAAGGAAGCGACCGAAUACAGGAGAGCUGAUUACGGGUACACCAGGAGGCAUCAAACUAGUGGUGGUUCAGUAUCACGCCAGUUCUCAAGAUGGCUCAAGGGGAGCGGCAUUAAGUUUGAGGGCCUUGUUCAAAGGUAUCAGGUGCAGCUUAAAUUUCAAGGACGUUUCCAGGACCUGAAAGAUGUACAAAAGAUACAGGUGUAUGAGGAAAUCAUAGUGGCAUCCGGCGGGAGGGCAAGUGUUAGAAUUAACCGGUUAUUAAAGGGCUUUAGGGCUGCCGGCAUAGCGGUGAACCUUUUCUUUGCAGGCCUGACGGUAUGGGAAAUAUUUACAGCGGAGAACCCACUUGAAAAGGCAACACAUGAAGCUGUAGUGAUUGCAGCAUCAGCCGGUGGUUUGUUGCUGGGAGAAGUAGUUGGCGUUGCCCUGGCAACUUGUGUCUGCCCAAAUCCUGUCUGCGUUGUGAUGGUAGGAAGGAAUAAUAUUUGGCAUUGCAGGAGAUUUUCUCCUAGGGGAAUUCGCCGGCUGGCUGGAGGUAGUUUCAACACCCUGAGCACUGACGGGCAGAGGCGGACCUACAGAGGCGCAAGGAGGAGCAGUUGCACCUUCCCUUGCCGUAAAUCCUGUGAAAAGGCUGGAUUAUGCACCUCUGCUGGUCCCAAGCACAAACGACGUCGUCUUUGUUAUCCUCCAGCUCAAAAGGUGUUUAAUGAAACGGGGAGUAUUGAUUGA